AUGCCUAAUGAUAAGCUUAACCAAAAGCCUAAAGAUAAUGCUCCAGCGCCCAAGGAAAUGAAUAAAACAUAUGAUCACCCUGAACCUCCCUUUGUAGCUGUCUCCUCCAACCCUAAUACCACUAUAUUGCUAGCCACUGCAUUGGUACACUUGAAAGCUAACAACGGUAACACAGUUGUAGCCCGAGCCGUUAUUGAUUCCGCAUCUAUGGUAAGCUGCGUAACAGAAAAUAUUGCUAACCUGCUUAUGCUUAAACGGACAUUUUCCAGUAAUUCCAAGAUAGAUGGCCUAUCAUCAGUAGAAGUUAAAUCUAAAGGUGUGUCAAAAGUUAACAUAUCGUCUCUUAGCGGAGAAAUGAUUGCUGAUAACAACCCAGUCCUUAUUCUAGACAGAAUAACCUCAAACCUCCCACACUCAGAAGUUCCAGUUAAUGUUAAAGAAUACUUCAAACAUUUGGUCCUGGCUGAUCCAACUUUUCAUUUGCCUAAUAAGAUAGAUAUGCUCAUAGGUGCUGAUCUAUUCGCUAAAGUAAUCACUGGUGAACGCAUCAUCAUUAACAAGGAUCUUCCUGCUGCCAUGAGUUCUGUAUUUGGAUAUCUUAUCAUAGGCUCUGCCCCAACUCUUCCUGCUGUAGUCCCUCAAAAAACAGCCCCUCAAUGCAAGGGUAAUGUUUCUUUAUUAAGUACUCAAGAUAUUGAUUUGCAUAAUUCUCUGCAGAAAUUUUGGACUCUAGAGGAACCUUCCGUCAAACUUCAAACAUCUAAACAAGAAAUUUGUGAAAAUCACUUUCUAAACACGGUCUCUAGGGAUUCAGAUGGACGCUACUUUGUUAGGCUACCCAUAAAGGAAAAUCAUCCCCCUCUUGGUGACUCAUCAUUUUGCGCUCGUAAUAGAUUCCUAUCAUUUGAAAGAAAAUUAGAAAGUCAGGUUAAAGUUUAG